AUGCGCAGAAGCAUCAAAAGGCAUAAAGUAAGAAUAGAAUACAAAAAUAUUUAUUCAGUCAUUCAAAGCUUAAAAUGUGACGAUUUUCAAAGUCUGCAAGGAGAAAUAGAAAAAGGUUAUGACCCAGAAUAUGGAGAUGGCCAGCUUUCACUUGUCCACUACUGCGUAAUUUAUGAGUCAUCAAAGUGCUUAAACUAUUUAUUAGAAGAAAUAAAAAUCUCGCCAAAUCAAUUUGACACAUCGAGCAGAGGAACCCCUCUUCAUUUACUCCUAUCUUUACCGAAAUAUUGAGGGAAAUAUAACAAAUGUCAUCAUAAAAUUUUAAUUUUUAAUUAUUCUUAUAAAGAAUUAGCAAUUUCUCAAAAUAAGAUCGAAAUUGCUAAAAUUUUGGUCAAUUCUGGAGCUGAUCUUUGUACUGCAAAUUUCAAUGGAGCAUCACCAAUUAAUUUAUUGGAAAAUCAAAACUCUGACGACUGGCAGGUUGUUCUUGAUUUGGCCAAAGAGAAAAUAAUAAAAUCAAUUUGAGAUAGACAGAAGGCUUUUAUUUAUCUUCGCUUAUGUUUCAAAACAUCUUUAGUGUAG